GUGUGGUUAUAUCAAAAGAAGCUCUAUGUUAGAGUUAUGUACAUCAAUGAUAGUAUACUGAAUAUUUAAAAUUGAGGAAUACGUAAUAUUCGUAUGAUAGCAAUGACACAUUGAUUUUCUUAAGUAAUUGUUGUCAUGAUUAUUUUUGUUAAAAUUAGAUUUAGGAAAAUACAUUAAUUAAAUAGAAAAAGACAAAUAAUCCUAAAAGGUAGGUUAUUAAUUAUUUAAGUGGCAUUAAUUAAACUGUAAAAUUAACAAAACAUAUUUAUAUAUAAGUUCAAUAAAUAUUUUAAUGGUAUUCUUUUGUAAAUAAGUUAUGGAGACUUUUUAUUUUGUAUUAUUCUUUUAAUAAUAUAGAUAAGAGUUUCUCCAACGCUAAAAUGAAAGAGAAUUGUAAGUGCUAAAUAAUAAUAAAAGUUAUGAAUAGUAACAAAAAAGUUUAGACAAUCCCUCUUUUGAACUCUUUUAGAACCCUAUAAAAUACUUGUAUGCCAGAUGGAGCCUCUUAAAUGGUUUAUUUUUAAUUUGUAUUUAUAAUUAAGACUAUAUUAAAAGUAAUAAUAUUAAAUAAAAAGUUUCUGAAAAAUGAGUAUCUGCCAAUAAAACUGUUUUAAAUGUGUUGGCACAAAACUUCCUCAAUAACUUCCUCUCGAUUAAAAUUGAGAAAAAAUUAGCGGAAUACCCCUAAAUGCUGCUCAAAUCAGGAGAAUAUAUAUGGUUUGAUAUAAAAGCAAAAUUUCUUGCCAUUUUGGUUCUCGUUUGACCAUUUUGUCUUUUGUGAGUUGAAAGCUUAGGCAGAGAGAGAGAGAGAGUACAAUGACGUAGGUGGCUUCAUAUUUUUCUGUGAUCAUAUAGGUUCUUAUUGAACCAUAGUCUGACACUAGACAAUUCUCCACCAUACAUAUUUUUUUUAGUGGGUUUGCUGAUGGAAAUUAGGGAGCAUUUGCCUAUUGAACCAUAGAAGCCAUUUUACUCAAAAUUAGUAUAUAAUACAUGUACAGUUUAUCUAAAGAUAGAUAGAGAUUUUUUUUUUGUCAACAAAGAUAGAUAGAGAUGAUAAACAUAAUUCUGUAAAACAUUUAUAUUUGUCAUUUUCCAAAAAAAAAAAAUUAUUGUUAGCCGAUAAAUAGUUUGACAUAUAGUUUAUUAGCUGCUAUAUUAUUUGAUAAAUGAUUUGUUAAACGAUACAUCAUUUCUUAUCUGAUGAUACUUGUUUCAUUAGUUGAUAUAAUGUUUAUUACUAAAUGAAAAACACUAACAAAAAUGGCCAAUAGUUGUAUCAAUGUAUAUUACUGUUUUAACUACAUGUUUUUACAAGGUUGUAUACAGAGUUGUUGCGAGUUGGCCUAAACUGAUAUACAUUAGUUAACUGCUAAUAUUCAAUCAUACAUGUUAAUAAAUAAUUUAAAGUUCAUAAAGAAAAACGUUGCCAUCUACAUUCAAGAGUAUAUAGAUUCUAGAACAGCGCACAAGGUUGUCCAAUUGGUUAGUUUCGAGUACAUCAAAUACUUCAACAUUUUGGGUCAGCAUCGUUGUCUCUUUCUUUCUUUGGCUUCUUAUUCUUUUGUUUAUUUUCUUUAAUCCCCACUCCGGUCAAAUUACUUGUUGUAAGACCAUUCAUAAACAUUAACUUCUUAAAGACACGUAUAACCAAACAUUUAAGAGUUAACGACAAUCAAUUUCAUAGUAGCUAACUAACCAUAUUUCAACUAACAACAAAUGUUUCAUUACAUCUGAAUAGUUAGAGGAACACAUGUUUCAUAAUAGCUAACUUAGUAUGUAUCAGAUAAUGACAACAUUUUCUGGCAGAUAACAAACCAUUUAUCGGCACAUGGUACGUCAUUCGUAUCAUCAAACCAUACAUUCAUCACUUAAAUUCAAGAGUAUUUUACACUGCAGGGCAGUUUCCAAGAUUUUAUUACAAAAUAAGUCAGUUUCAGCUACUGGGACAGUUUCUGCUAAUUUGGAAUUUGUGAGAUGUGACUUGUUUCGUUUCCUUUUUGUGUCUGGUUUCUUUUCUCACAACUAGUUGGGCUUUCUAGUUAGAUCAAACCAGAUUUUGUUUAUUUUUUUUAAUCUCCAUUACACUCCAACAGUUGCACGAUGAAACUUGAGUAGCAAUGGCCAAAUCUCACAAAAAAAAUUCAAAAUCUAGAGUUAGAAACCAUUUUAGAAGUGAUACAUAAACAAUCUUGAAGUAUAAUCUACACAUUAAUGAAAAAAAAUAAAAAAUACAUGAAAGAAAUUAAUGGCGGCCGCAAUGUUUGUUGCAGGAAACCCUAAAAAAUCUGGGGAAUACGAAGAUAUAUUUACGAAAAUGCCACUCAAUAAAUAUACAACAUGUAAUAUAUGUACAUGUGUACAUGAUAACAUGUGUACAAAGACAAAAUGUGUACACUGUAUAUUACUAAGGCAAUGUGUAUAUUGUAUAUUACAAAGACAACUUGCAUACAUGUGUACAUUAGAUAUGAAUAAAACACAAAAUCAUGUGUGCUAUUGUCAUGUACACCAUUUUUAGUUUGACUUGAGCUAUUUAUUAUGUAUUUUGGUAUUGUUUUAGUAAGCAACCACCAAUCCACCUAUAUGUGUACAACCUCUUCAAAUAUAUUGGAUCAUUUUAGAAGUACACGUGUACUCGUCAAACAAUGUACACAAAAAUAACCUAUAUGUGUACAAUGUUUACAUGUGUAUGUUGUAUAUUACUAAGGCAAUGUAUCGUAGAAGCAUGUAUUCUCAUUUUGUUCAAAUUUCCAAAUGAACAAUGUUUUAAUGCUAUAUAUGUGUACAUCGCUUUACAUAUCGACAUGUACAAAAGAGCAUUCAACUUUUCUUCCUUACAUACCAUUUAAAACGUUGUAAUCCAAUGCAUGUACAUGGGAAGAAGGAAUAAAAAUCACAUGUACAUUGUGUUAAUAUUAUCGUGAGUUUAUGAAGUCGCAGAUGCUUAGUUAUUUUGAUAGAAAACCUACAAAAAGUCAAAAUGUGUACCCAAUCACUUGGAUGUAUAAUACAAAAUUAGGUGUACACAUGUACAAUUUAAAAGUAAUGUACACACGAAAUUUUUAUUUUAAUUUUUUCAUUAAUAAUGGAAAUUUACGAAAAUGCCCUCGUCUUCUUUCUUGGUCACUGUCGACCAUAAACCCUAAUUUCCGCCUCUCUCACCAAUUUUCACAUUUUUUUACAUUCUUCACUUGUUUUAAUGUAUUUUGUCCAGAUCUAAUAGAUUUCAAUUCUAAUUUAUGGUUUUACAUUCAAAAGUUCAAACAUAACUGCUUUUUUUUCUGAUUUGUUGAACAUUUUGUUCCAAAUCGCCACGGCUGAGUGCUACCAUCAGAAAUAUAACUUGACAUAUCUCAAAAGAUAGAUAUAAUAAUAGAAAUAAUAAUUGACUAAUUUUUUUUUGAAAAAAAUAAUUUGAAGAAACAGAUUUUAUUUUACAAAAAAUGGUUGAAAACUUAAGAUGGAAGAAGGCGAAGAUCAAAGAUAUGUGGGAUCUGGUUUAUGUUAAAUAAAGUAAAAACAUAUAUUAUAUUUAGUUAAAGCAAUGGACACUCAAAUCUAGACUAAUUUAGUUAGUUUGUAACAAGAAGAUGAGUUUGGUUAAACAAAACUACCCUAGUAGCAACAACUGUCUUUUUAUGUUAAUAAAAACUUAAAACUGACUUUGGAUGUAAUAUUCUCUAAAUUCAACUACUUUGUUGAAGCUACAAACAUGUAUCAGUCAACUACACCUAAUAAAUAGUUGCUAAUAGGAAAAAGUAAAAUGUGACGACUAAAUAUAUUUGAAACUGUUAACUCCUAAUUUAUCCUUCAUGAAAACCAUAACAUCAAAAUAAAAUAAAAAUUCUUUAGUUUAAUACUUCAAAUCAAGACUACUAACUCACAAACAUAUUUUGGAAUUUUCAGAGUCAAUUAACACUCAUGUCAAACGAAAACAACUAGAAACCCAAAAGAAAGAAAAUGAAUCUUGCAUGAAUCUAGUCAAAGCAAGCAACCAAACAAAUUAAAAACAAUUUAAAAAAAAAAAUUGAUUAGUUUUUACCUGGUAGUCAUGAGAUUUCUUUUUAUUGCCGGAACAAUUAGCCGGUUCACUUUCCUCUAUAGAAUUUUCCUCUCAUAAAUCAUUAGAGAAUGAAAGAGAAGAGAGAAGAGAGAAGAGAGAAGAGAGAAGAAGAAAAAAUAGAAAAACUAGAAAAUGAAUAAAAAAGAUAUAAGAAGAUAAAAUACAACCAUAACCAUACAAGCGGAGAAAGCUAGAACCUAGGAUAAGAAGAGAGAGAGAGAUAGCUAGUAGGCUGUAAACACUGAAACAAUUCUAAUCAAGCUGAGUUGCUAGUUUAUCAGACAGACGCAUAGCCAACUGACACCACUACACAUAGAAACGGGAGAAGAGAUGUAGGAUUAAAAUCGUCAUUAGAAAAUUAUAUCAACUAGCUCCCCAUAACGACUACAUCACGUUUUUUUCUCUAUGACGGCGAAGGCGAUGCAAAAGGCGAUUCAGGGUUUCAAUGGCUUCUAGACGAUGGGAUCUGGGAAUUUUCGAGGUGGAUUGAAGUGGAGCAGAUUAUUAUCAAGGUGAGGAUAAUGGAGAUAUGAUAUGGAGUUCUCUGUCGAAAUCCUGAUAGAGAGAUUCAGUAAAAGGAAUUGAGGAAACUAGGAGAUCAAGGAUUUUAAUGGUAAUAGGCGACUGGAUAUCGAUUUCGAUCGUCAUCAAGACGAAAUUGAAGAAUCACAGAGAACUUUUAGCUUUUCCCGGGGUUUAGCUGGUUCUCUUUGGAACAUCUGCAACUAAAUCUCUCUUCUAUGGAGUGUUUGUCCCCGUUCUUAGGGAAGAUUUUGCCUUCCAUGUGUGCCGCAAUGUCCUCCCGGGUCGGUAAUGCCAUGAGGUUCAAAUCUAACGUCCAAGCUCUUAAGAAAGUGAUGGAGAGAUUAGUUAAGCUUAGGGGCAACAUAAGUGAAGACCACAAAGAUAAAUCCUUUAGUCUCAAGCUAAUGGGGUGGCAAAGAAAGUCUGAUGAGGUUAUCACUAAAGCAAGGUCGAAACUUGAGGAACGGGUUUCGUGUGGUAAGUCCUUGAAAUCCAGGCUAAGCAGAAAACUCGUUACGAUUCUCAACGAAGCUAAAAUGCUCGAAAAGGAAGGUUUAGAUCUUUUAGACAUGAUAGCUGUGGCUACUGCACAUGAAAGAGUUGAACAUGUUCCAGGAGUUUCAGUACUUCAUCAAACAACGGCUUCAAAUAUGUUGGGUAAAAUUAUAGAUGGUUUGAGGAGCAGUGAGGUUCAGAAGAUUGGUAUUUGGGGUAUGGGUGGAGUAGGGAAAACGACAUUGGUGAGGACGUUGAACAAUAAGCUUCAUGAAGAGACUGCAACUCAACCAUUUGGCUUGGUGAUCUUUGCUACAGCAUCCAAAGACUUUGAUCCAAGAACGGUCCAAAAGCAGAUUGCUGAGAGACUGGAUAUCGACACCAGGUUGGAAGAAACUGUAGAGAGGCUGGCAAGAAGGAUCUAUGCGAGGCUUGAGAAACAGACCAACUUCCUUCUUAUUCUUGAUGACGUGUGGAAAGAUAUUGAUUUAGAUCUUCUGGGCAUUCCAGAAGAGAAGAAGGGUUCAAAAAUCAUUCUCACUUCCAGGUCUCUUGACGUCUGUCGUAGCAUGAGGACAAAUCUUGAUAUUAGGGUUGAUUGCUUGUGCGAAGAAGAAGCUUGGGAACUGUUUUGCCAGAAUGCAGGAGAGGUUGCGAGAUCAGAACGUAUUGAGCGCUCAGCAAAAGCCGUUUCACGUGAAUGUGGCGGGUUGCCCUUGGCUAUCAUCACAGUGGGGACAGCUAUGAGGGGAAAGACAGAUGUCAAGUUGUGGGAACACGCCUUGGAGCAGUUAAGUAGAUCUGUACCUUGUUUCAGAAGCAUUGAAGAGAAGGUCUUCCUGCCUUUGAAAUUGAGCUACGACUUCUUGGAAGAAAAGCUAAAAUCUUGUUUUCUUAUGUGUGCUUUGUUUCCUGAAGACUACUCCAUUGACGUUAAGGAGCUUGUGAUGUACUGGAUCGCUGAAGGAUUCAUGGAUGAACAAGAUUCCCAUGAGGAAUCCAUGAACGAAGGAAUCACAAUUGUAGAGAGCUUAAAAGACUACUGUCUAUUAGAGGAUGGUUGGCGCAGUGAGACAGUUAAAAUGCAUGAUGUUGUCCGAGAUUUUGCGAUAUGGACUAUGUCUUCCUCACAAGAUGAUUGCCACUCGCUAGUCCUGUCUGGUAAAGGUUUGCAAGAGAUUAGGCAAGACAAAUUUGCUCCUUCGCUUCGAAGGGUUUCUUUGAUGCACAAUAAUCUCGAAAGGCUUCCUGGUCUCUCAGAGAAGUACUGCAUGGAGGCCUCAACCUUACUGCUACAGGAGAACUAUCUUCUACAAGAAGCAUCAGAUGGGUUCUUGCAAGCAUUCCCAGCUCUUAGGAUUUUGAAUCUAAGUGGGACAUGCGUGAACUCCCUGCCCCAUUCCUGUUUGCAGCUUUCCAAACUUCAUUCUCUUUUCUUAAGAGGAUGUACUAACCUUACCGAACUACCUUCUCUAGAAACUCUUGCUAAACUUGAGCUACUGGAUCUACAUGGCUCCCGUAUCAAAGAAUUCCCAAAAGGGCUAGAAAAGCUGGAGAGCUUUAAACACCUUGAUCUUUCAGGAACAGUUCACCUCAAAACUAUUCCAGCUGGAAUUGUUUCGCGGUUAUCAAGUUUGGAGACACUAAACAUGAAAUUAAGUAACUACCAUUGGAGUGUAAAAGGAGAAGAACAAGAAGGCCAAGCAACACUUGAAGAGAUUGCAUACCUUGACUGUCUACAGGUGCUGUCUAUAAGUCUUAUUUGUUCGCCGUCUUUUCUGAAGAAGAGCAACCCUUGGAUCAAAAGACUAAAGAAAUUUCAAAUUAAUGUGGGCUUUAGCUACGUUUUGCCUAUGAUACACGAUGAGAGGACACUAGCAAUAAGUAGUCUCAACUUAUCACAAGUAUCCAUGGAGUGGCUCUUGGCUUGUACAACCUCUGUAAUACUGAACAGUUGUCAAGGGCUCCAAGGAAUGAUGAAGAAAUUGGUCACUGGCAGCAAGACAUUCGUGAAUCUGAAAUCUCUAACGAUUGUGAAAACUAGUAUCAACUCUAGUGGUGGUGGGAUUGAGAAGGCAACCACCAAAAGUCCAGACACACUUCCAUUUCUGGAGGAACUUCGUCUGCACGAAGUUAACUUUGUAUCCCUUUCGGAGUUACAAGCACAGCUAGGGUUGAGAUUGGUAGCUCUUAAACUACUUCUGGUCAGCAAGUGCAAUAACCUUAAAACACUCGUUGAGAUAGACAUGUUCACUAUGCCAAACCUGGAGGAGAUGGAAAUUAGCGACUGUGACUCCUUGCAUCAUCUACGCCAAACUAUUGAUGGUCCACAAGAACCUCUCCUACCAAAGUUACGUGUCAUGAAACUGAGAAAUCUUCCAGAGCUGGAGAGUGUUUGCUACGAAAAAGAGACUUGGGAGUGUCUCGAACAGGUGAAAGUCAUGAACUGUGGUCGGCUAUAUACUUUACCCAUAAGCUCCAAAACUUGUGGAAGAAUCAAGGAAAUAAAAGGAGCUGUGAGUUGGUGGAAACAUUUGAGAUGGGAUGAUCCUUCUUCUACUUUAAAAACUCUUGAUCCUUGUUUCAAGCCAUUAAGAUUACUAGGUGAAGAAAUGGCACCCAUAUUUGGGGAGCACUACUUGUGGGACAGUUGAUGAAGAAUCUAGCUAGGUCCAUCACCCCAAGAGCUACUGUAUUUUCUCAAUGUGUUCGAAUAUUUCAAUUGUGGAUGUGCAAAGACUAUCUUGUUUA